CAAAUAGUAGGUCCAACGUGAGUCUCCGUGUUGCUUUCGGAUGUAAACAAAACCUCCUUCGUCUGAUUUGAGCAGUGUAACAUUUCAAAUAUGAAUUGUUAUUUUUUGUCCGGCAUCGGCUCCCGCAGAGGAUGAGCGUGUGGUCCGUGAACGUCUCAUCGGUAUGUCUGCGCGGACACUGCAGCAGCUGGUGGCCUCCGCAGCCUCUCUGCACCCCGACAGACCCGCUGUGACUUAUGACGGCGGGGCGCUGUCGGGGAGCCCGGCCUCUCUGCUGUACAGAGAACUGGUUGAACUGGCGGAUGAACUGGCACAUGAACUGGCUCGUACUCUGCGGAAGAGCUGCUCUGCUAACAACGGCGUGAUUGGACUGUAUUGUUCUGAUGAUUUGUUCCUCCCUGUCUGGAUUCUGGGGAUCCUGCAGUCACCUGCUGCUUAUGUCCCCCUGGACCCAGAAGCUCCAGGACUCCUCUCUGCCAGGGUCAUGAACCAGUGCGGCCUCCACUACUGUGCUGUGAAGACUGACAUGCUGCAGCGAUUCCAGGCAGCUCUCGUCAAACACACGUCUGUGGCAGUCUGUGUGGUGCUUCCCAAGUUCAAACUAACCCUGACAGAAAUCAAGCUGCUGCCGGUCGCUGAGCACAAACGAGCACCAGAACAAACCGGAGCUCAGACAGCAGAUGGUGCUGGUCUCUGUGAUACAGCUGCAGGGUUAAAGGAGGCUGGACACACCGACUUGGCAUAUGUGCUACACACAUCUGGCACAACUGGCCUUCCAAAGAUUGUAAGGGUGCCACACAAGUGUAUACUCCCCAAUAUACUGCAUCUGAGAUCUUUGUUUCAGAUGAGUUCAGAUGAUGUGGUUUUGCUCGCUUCGCCCUUAACCUUUGACCCCUCUGUGGUGGAUAUUUUCCUGGCCUUGUCGUGCGGGGCUCAGCUCCUCAUUAUUCCGACUGUGAUCAAGAAAAUGCCCAGUCGACUGGCUCAACUGCUGUUCAAGGAUCACAAGACAACUGUCCUGCAGGUCACACCUACACUGCUCGUCCGCUUCGGGCACCGCAUCCUCAAACAGGAAGUGCUGUCGUCAGACUCGUCACUGCGGGUGUUGGCUCUGGGCGGAGAGGCCUGCCCCUCGCCGGCUCUGCUGAGGAGCUGGAAGCACGAGGACAAUAAAACCAACAUCUACAAUAUCUAUGGUAUUACUGAGGUGUCCUGCUGGGCCUGCUUGUACAAAAUACCAGAGUCUCUGCUGCAGUCUAGCGACAUCACGGUGCCUCAGCAAGUGCCUCUUGGGACUCCUCUGAUGGACACUGUGGUGGAAGUAAGAGACGAACAUGACCGCAUUGUUACAGAGGGUGAAGGACAGGUGUUCAUAGGUGGAGAGGACAGAGUGUGUCUCCUGGAUGAUGAGGAGACCACGAUCCCUGGGACAAUGAGAGCUACUGGAGACUGGGUGAAUGUUAAAGACACACAGCUGUGCUACCUGGGACGGAGAGACCGGCUGAUCAAACGCCACGGUAAACGGGUUAACUUGGACAGCUUGCAGCAACUCAUAUUGAGUCUGCCUCAGGUGGAGGCCUGUGCCGUGGGUUUGCAUGAAGGUAUUCGACUGCUCGCCUUUGUCGUGGCAUCCACAUCUGGAGACCAGAAGGCAGCCUCUCCUCUCACAUCUGUUCAGAAGCAUGUGGAACGAACGGCCUCGGCUGAGCACCGGGAAGACCUCCUCUCUUCUGGAAAGCAGCACCAGGGAGAGACGGGCGGUGCAGAUGGAGAUCUGAGCAGACUCAUCCGGAACCGAUUGUCUCUGCUGCUGCCGUCUUACAGCGUUCCUGACGCGUUGGUGCUGGUCCCGGCCUUAUGCCUGACUCCUCAUGGCAAAGUCGACAUGCCGGCACUUAUGAAAAUAUACCGGAGACAGAGACAGUGUUUAGAGUCACAGGGAGACGUCACCGCUCUAAAGCAAACUCUUCAGUCCUUGUGGCAGGAAACUCUAGGUCUUCCCGAAGACACGAUCAUUGACGAGGAAUCCAACUUCCUGUUGAGCGGAGGAGAUUCUCUGAAGGCGCUACACCUCUGUGAAGACAUCCUCACUGCCAUGGCAGUGUCCUCACCGGAGCUUUUGGAGGUCAUACUUGACGGGACCUUCUCUGACAUACUGCGCCAUGUUGCGAGAGUAACACUGACGCCGCCGCUUCAAAACAGCCUGUCAUCACUGCCUGAGGCCAGGACACGUCACGCUGAUGCUCCCUCUGCAGUGCCAGCAAAGAGAGAACGUAAAGAGUCCACAGCAGCAGAGGAGAAAUGGGCUGUUAAAGUUAUUAGACGAGCAGGUGAGGUGAUAAGACUGAAAACCAGAAAUCCACAGAUAGAUAACUUCCAGGCUGUUGCACUCGGAGAAAAGGACUCUAGUAAGAAACAUAAAGAUGAUGCUCUGGUCCUCGGUCUGAGCUGGUCCUCAGACACAGGCAGAUGCGUGGAUGCCUCGCCGGUGCUUCUAGUGCAAGACGGAAGAGAUCAGAGGUCAGAAGAGGGUAAUAAAUCAGUGUUCAUCGGCUCCCACUCUCACAGGAUCCAGGCUUUAGACCUGAUCACUGGGAGCCUUCUGUGGGAGCGAGUCCUUGGGGACAGAAUCGAGGCCUCGGCUGCAGUGUCUCACUGCGGGAACCUCGUGGUUAUAGGUUGCUAUGACGGCUAUGUGUAUUUCUUGUGCGCUGCAUCUGGAAAGACACAGUGGAUGUUUAAGACGGGCGACGCUGUGAAGAGCUGUCCUGCUGUGGAUCCCAUCACUGGUCUGGUGAUAGUGGGCUCACACGAUGGACAUGUGUACGCCCUGAACCCAAAGGUUCAGCAGUGUGUUUGGAGGCGUCACUGUGGGGGUGGAGCUGUUUUUUCCUCCCCCUACCUCCACACUGCACUCAGACAGCUGUACGUGGCUUCACUGGGAGGAUACCUACUCUGUCUCAACCCUGACAGUGGAGAGGUCCUGUGGUCGUACCAUAGAGACAUCCCAUUCUUCUCAUCACCAAACGGCUCCUCUGGUUAUGUGGUGAUCGGCUCGGUGGAUGGAAACAUCUGCUGCUUCAGCAACACAGGGACACUGAUUUGGCAGUUUUUAACAAAAGGACCCGUCUUCUCCUCUCCGUGUGUCACACCAGACCAGCAGAGGGUUCUGUGUGGAUCACAUGACGGCUGCUUGUACUGUUUGAAUUGUGCCGACGGCUCUCUAGUGUGGACUUUCCAGACUACGGGGAAGGUGUUCUCCAGUCCAUGUGUGUUUGACAGCUUUAUUGUGGGCAGGAAGGGGAUUCUGGUGGCGCUGGCCUCUACAGACGGCACAGUGUGGAUUCUGGAUGGACAAGAUGGAGAAAUGCUGGCGUCAUUCACUCUACCUGGGGAGCUGUUUUCAUCUCCAGUGGUGUGGGAACAGUCUCUUGUAGUCGGGUGCCGGAAUGACUAUGUGUACUGUUUAAAAUUGACUGUCAAAGAACAAACAUAGAAGGAUAAAAUGUAUUUCUGCACUGAUUUUAUAAUAAACACUGAUGGCUUUUAUAUCUGUGUCAGAGUGGA